GGCCGCACAGCGCAGUGCACGCCUGGGCGGGGCGGGGCGGACGGCGCUUCCUCUGAAGCGGCGGCCUGGACGCCGCUGCUGGGCUCAAAAUGGACCUCCCGGAGCUGCCGGCCGCCCCAGCUGCGCGCGGAGCCCAACAUGGCGGCGGCCCCGGCCGCCUCCGCCGAGGCCCGCCGCCGCCCAGCUCGGGCCCUGCGCGCCGCCGUCUGCUGCUGCUGCGGAGCUCCGAAGAUGGCGGGCCGGGACCGCGGCGCGGGGAGGCCCGGGCGGCGGCGGUGGGCCCCGGGCCGAGCCCGCCGCCCCCCGAGGACGGCGGCGACUCCUUCGUGGUGCUGCUAGAAGUGGCGCGCGGCACCGCGGCCGACGACCCCGGGCUGCGGGAUGCCGAGUCCUACUCUGGCGCGAGCCCCGCCAGUCGCCCGCAGCAGGGCCCCAGCGGCGCGGCCGCCGCCCCCGGGCCCUGCGCCGCCCUUUCGGGCACCGUCACCGUCAACAGCCAGGACCUGCUGGUGCGCUUCGACCACGGCGUCUUCACUCUGGCCGCCGCGCCGCCGCCCCCGGGCCCGCCGCCCCGCGGCCCGUCCGCGCCGCCCGGCAACGAGACCGCGAGCCCGGCCGAGGGCCGCCGCGCUCCCCCGGGCCAGGGUGCGCCGGCCUACCGCUGCCCCGAGCCGCAGUGCGCGCUCUCCUUCGCCAAGAAGCACCAGCUGAAGGUGCACCUGCUGACGCACGGCGGCAGCCAGGGCCAUCGGCCCUUCAAGUGCCCGCUGGACGGCUGCGGCUGGGCCUUCACCACCUCCUACAAGCUCAAGCGGCACUUACAGUCUCACGACAAGCUGCGGCCCUUCGCCUGCACCGUGGGCGGCUGCGGCAAGAAGUUCACCACCGUGUACAACCUCAAGGCGCACGUGAAGGGCCACGAGCAGGAGAACUUGUUCAAGUGCGAAGUGUGCGCCGAGCUCUUCCCCACGCACGCCAAACUCAGCUCGCACCAGCGCAGUCACUUCGAGCCCGAGCGGCCGUACAAGUGUGACUUCCCCGGCUGUGAGAAGACGUUCAUCACAGUGAGUGCUCUGUUUUCCCAUAACCGAGCCCACUUCAGGGAACAAGAGCUCUUUUCUUGCUCCUUUCCUGGAUGCAGCAAACAAUACGACAAAGCCUGUCGCCUGAAAAUCCACCUGAGAAGCCACACAGGGGAACGACCUUUUAUUUGUGACUCUGACAGUUGUGGCUGGACCUUCACCAGCAUGUCUAAACUUCUAAGGCACAAAAGGAAGCACGAUGACGACCGCAGAUUCACCUGCCCUGUGGAAGGCUGUGGGAAGUCAUUCACGAGAGCAGAGCAUCUGAAAGGCCACAGCGUCACCCACCUGGGCACAAAGCCAUUUGAGUGCCCCGUGGAAGGGUGCUGUGCCCGGUUCUCCGCACGUAGCAGUCUCUACAUCCACUCCAAGAAGCACCUGCAGGACGUGGGUGCUCCGAAGAGCCGAUGCCCGGUCUCCAGCUGUAACAGACUCUUCACCUCCAAGCACAGCAUGAAGGCCCACGUGGGCAGACAGCACAGUCGGCGCCCAGAUCUCUACCCUCAGCUCGGAGGUCCGAGUGCCCUCACGCCCAGCAGUGGACUCAGCAGCCCAGGCCAAAGUGAGCUUAACAACAUAGACCUGGCUGCCCUCUUCUCUGGCGCACCUGGUGACAGUGGGGGUGUGGUGGGGGCCUCGGAGGAGGUGCUGGACUCCGGGGUCCUGACUAUUGACGUUACUUCUGUGAGCUCCCUGGCAGGGAACCUCCCUGCUAAUAAUGGCUCCCUAGGGCCUACGGAUCCACUAGUCUUGGUGACCCAGGGUGACAUGCCUCCAAGCCUAGACAGCCCUCUUGUUUUUGGGACAGCAGCCACAGUUCUUCAGCAGAGCAGCUUCGGCGUGGAUGAUGUGCAGACCGUAAGCGCAGGAGCAUUGGGCUGUCUGGUGGCCCUGCCUGUGAAGAGCUUGAGUCAGGGUCCGCAGACUCUGGCCUCCAGCAGUAAUUUAGCCACAAACCCCACCAUACUGACCCCUUCAAGCAGCCCCCCGGGCAGCACUAGUGCCCCAGAACUGCUGACUUCAAUCAAAGUGGAACCGGACUCACCCCCCAGCCCCGAGACUGUCAGGCAGCAAGAGCAAAGCAGAGGGGUGCCCCCAUCUGUGCUCUCCAGCCUCGAGGAGAAGUACAGUCCCCAGGAGGACACCGGGCUUGGUGCUGGGACCAGCAGCUUCUAUUUGGAAAGUGGGGGCUCAGCAAGAACUGAUUCCCGAGCCAUUCAACUAGCCAAGGAAAAAAAGCAGAGAGGAGCUGGGAGCGACGCAGGAGCAUCAGAGUCUACACAGAGAGAAAUGAAAGACGGCAGAGUCAGCCCUCCCUGCUUCCACGCAGGCCAGAGCAGUUGGUUGUGUGGGAGCCUUCUCAUGCCCAGCGGGGCUCUGCCAGGACCAGCUCCGGCAGCUGGGGUGCAGUGCACCCAGGCUCAGCUGCUGCAUGUCAACCGCGCAGGAGGAGAAGCCUUGCCGAUGGUGCUCAGCCUGCAGCCUUCCACCCUCCAGCCUCUGUUCGCCGUUGAUUUGCCCGUCUAUGUCCUCCAGGAGGUGCCACCUGCAGCUGGAGAGGCUGCGGGGCCUGAGGACACAUGCUGCGCAGGGAGCAGUGACAGCCUGUGAGACCUGCAGUGAAGGGGCGCUGGAGGCGUUGCCUCCAGCCUGUGUGUCUCCUAACUCUGUUAUGUGCUCUUACAGGCCUAGGGGACCCCACUUGAUUUCCGUUCAGAAGGCC